CUCUCAAAUCAGCCCAAAAUCCCAUUCCCUCUCAAAAACAAAGUGAAAAUCUAUUUCCCUCACAAACCCACGCACGGUUGGUAAAACUGCAUUCCUUCUGCACACCGGAUCUUCUGCCGCCUUCUGCACACCGGAGCUUCUGCCGCCUUCUGCACACCGGAACUCUUGCCGCCACGCCGUAGCGAUCAAACCCAAGGCUGCUUUUCUCAUUCAAGUUGCGGGGUGCUUACAAUAUGAUGGUAAAGCUUCCAAAGGAGCAAUUGCAAAGAGGGGUUAUAUGUUCAUCAGCAGCAAAUCAUGCGCAGGGGGUGGCUUUGUCUGCUAAGAAACUGGGGUGUAAUGCUGUGAUUGUUAUGCCUGUGACUACAACAGAAAUAAAGUGGAAAUCUGUUGAGAGGCUGGGUGCCACUGUUGUCCUUGUGGGAGACUCUUAUGAUGAGGCACAAGCAUAUGCUAAGAAUAGGGCUGAAGAGGAGGGAUGGACAUUUAUACCUCCAUUUGACCAUCCAGAUGUCAUUAUGGGGCAAGGGACCAUAGGCAUGGAGAUUGUGAGCCAAACAAAAGGCCGUCCAUUGCACGCAAUCUUUGUCCCAGUAGGUGGUGGUGGACUCAUAGCCGGUAUUGCUGCUUAUGUGAAAAGAGUCAAACAAGAGGUCAAAAUUAUAGGGGUGGAACCAUCUGAUGCCAAUGCAAUGGCUCUGUCAUUACACCAUGGACAAAGAAUUAUGCUGGAUAAAGUUGGAGGAUUUGCAGAUGGUGUAGCUGUUAAAGUGGUCGGGGAGGAAACUUUUCGCAUAUGUAAGGAAUUGAUAGAUGGUGUAGUGCUUGUUAAUCAGGAUGCCAUUUGUGCUUCCAUAAAAGUCGGCAUUGGAUGUUAGCAAUUAUUAGUCCAUGGAAGGGAUUGGUUAAUUGGUUAGAUCCUGCUGGUGUGGAAAAUAAAGUGCGUGAAAAUGCUCGUAAAAUUAUUUAUGAGGGGCUUGUGAAGUUUAGCAUGCUCCAUCGAAAGGAUCUCAAAAAAAUUAAAAAGAAUCCUAAAGUUGGUUGGAACAAACUAAAAUGUCUUCGUCAACCUCAAGACGCCAAAUACUGUGGAUAUUAUGUAUGCCGUUAUAUGCUUGAGACUAUUGAAAGUAGGCAACAAUUGAUUUUGGAGGAGGUAAGUAUUCGUCAAAAAUUUAUAUCAAACAUUAUGAUAUUGGUAUUGAAACACAAUGACAUUUGGAUAUAAUAUUGAUGGAUUGGAUUUUCGGCAUCAAUGUUCACCUUCUCUUUCUUGGCUGCAAUUUAUAGGUCUUAUGAUUACAUGUUGUUGUGAUGUUUCUAGCAGCAAGAUGGUUACCAAAAGUAGAGUUAGUUGACUGCAUACAAGCUUCUAAAUCACCCCUAAUAGAAGUAUUAUAGAUUGGGAGAGUGUGAUUCAAAGUUGACAUUUGUUUGACAUAUUUUAUUUAUGGGCAGUUGAUUUUUUUGGGAAUAUAUUAUUCGAUUAGUUAUUGAGACAGGUUAUGAUGUAUUUCAUUGUUUUCCAAUUUGGGGGUUGUCCUAUAUACAAAGGAGACUCUGCCGAAAUUUUCGCUCAAAUUUUUGUUAUUUGACACAUUGUUGCAAUAAGUUGGGUUAGUAAAAUUUUAAUGAA